AUGGUUAAUGCGGUGAGUUGGCAGCCACAGGACCCUUGGCAUGAAGAGGACAUCAAAAAAUGGUGGUGGAGGUGGUCUGAAUGCAGUUUUGCCGUUGCAGCAGAUGAAGUGCCACCAUGUGUUGGAUUUAUAGGUCUUGGAAUUAUGGGUUCACCGAAUGGCUCAAAAUAUCAUAAAAGCUGGAUUAUCUGUCUGCGUCUUAGUGAUUUCGAGAUUGAACAGAUAAUUGAAAUACAUUGUCUUCGUAUUCCAUCUAAUUCUUUCCUUCGAGAUGUGGGGGACGGAGCUGCAAUGCAACUCAUUGCGAACGUGAUCAUGGGCAUUAUGAUGGCAUCUUUCUCUGAAGGAUUGCUCCUCUGUGAGAAAGUAGAAGUGGACCUGAGUGUUCUAGUAGAGGUAGUUUCACCGGGCACCAUUAGUGCACCUAUGUUUUCGAUGAAAGGCCCUUCAACGGUCCAAUCCCUAUAUCCUACUGCAUUUCUCCUGAAACAUCAACAAAAGGACUUGCGGCUUGCUCUGGGAUUAGCCGAAUCUGUUUCCCAACCUGCACAGAUUGCAGCCCCAACAAACAAACUCCACAAGGUGGGUAAAUCUUGCGGCCUUAGUGACAAGGACUUCUCAGCUGUCACCGAAGCACUAAAAGUAACGUUGCAAAACCAAUCAAAGGAGUAA